UUAUAGCUAAUUUUAAAUUUUGAAUCUUCACUUUGCAUCAAUUUGCCUAGCCAUGCAAAUGUCACGGAGAGGGAUCUCAUUGAUUCAACUGCGCAAAAUGUCAACAGGCUGCGCUGCUCAAAAGUUGAGGGGUGAUGACUAUCAAUAUGUUCACAAAAGUGAUAUUCCAACUUACCAAUUCCAAAGAAGUCUUCGACGAUUGCCGAUUCCAAAGCUGUCAGAUUCUUGUCGCAGGCUUAUAGGAGCUGCAGAAGCCGUACUUCAGAAAGGAGAAUUAGAGUUGCUGAAAGAGCUAGUGGAAGAUUUCCUAACACAUGAAGGUCCUGAACUACAAAGAGAACUCAUACUACAUGAUAAACGAAAUCUACAUACAAGCUUCAUAUCAGAACCAUGGUUUGACAUGUACCUAAGUGAUCGUCUUCCGUGCCCUAUUAAUUAUAAUCCAUUCAUGGUUUACGCUCCGGAUCCAGAUCCAGCAUAUAAUGACCAGCUUACUCGCGCAACAAAUCUAAUUAUUUCAUACGGUCGUAUUAAGCGUGCUCUAGAUGCACAAUGUUUAACGCCUGAAAUAUACUACACAAAUCCCAAGGCUGCCACUUUAGCAUCGUUCAGAUGGAUUUGCAAGAAUUUGUCGGAAAAUUUGCGAUGGUACGGCGCAGCGGCUUUUGGUGCAUUUCCAUUGGAUAUGAGCCAAUACAAAUCACUUUUUGGCUGUUCGCGUAUUCCACAGAAAGGGAAGGAUUGGCUUCUGCAUUGUGCCGAUUCUAAACAUUUCAUUGUCUUAUGUGGGGGAAGAAUUUAUUCUGUUGAUUUAUUUGAUAAAAAUGGUUCACUUAUGCCUGCAGAGCAAGUUCAGGCUUGCUUAUCCAUCAUAUUAUCCGAACAAAGUCACCUAAAACCGGAAGAUUGCGUCGGGUCUUUGACCUCACUCGAACGCGACCAGUGGGCAGAAGUUCGUUCUGAGUUGUCUUCAGUUGGCAGUAAUUCGGCAAGCUUGGCAUUGAUUGAUAAUAGUUUGUUUGUCCUUUGCCUGGAUCCACUAAGAAGUGACGAUUUAAAUCAAUUGGCCCAGAGUUUACUAAGUGGUGGUGACGCUAGUAACAGAUGGUUCGAUAAAUGCUUUCAAUUGAUAGUCGAUGCACAAGGUUUGGCUACGAUAAAUUUUGAACAUAGCUGGGGUGAUGGUGUUGCUGUACUUCGCUUAAUGGAAGAAUCAUUCCGCGAUACGAAACAAAAUCAUUUCGUACAUCCCAACCAGACCUUCAGUGCUGGAGCACAUUUAGAAAAUCAUUUACGACCAGUUGAAUUCAUGUUAACCGACUCAAUACGUCAAAGGAUUCAAGAAGCUCAAGCAAAACACAUUGCGAUGGGGUCCAGAGUGCGUUUCAGCUCUGUAGAAUAUUUUGAAAUGAACCGACAAGUUAUCAAACAGUCAAAACUCUCACCAGACUCUGUCAUACAGUUAGCGAUCCAGCUAGCUUUUUAUAAGCUUUUUAAGGAAUUCGUUCCAUCUUAUGAAUCGUGCAGUACUGCCGCUUUUCUAAAAGGACGAACAGAGUGCGUGCGUUCAGCAACAUGUGCUACGGCAAAUGCAGUUCUGGCGAUUGAAAGUAACAAAGAUAAUAUUGGGGAACAUGUGAAGAAAUGUUCUUCAGUGCAUUCACAACUAGUGAAAGAAGCUGCAACAGGACAAGGUUUCGAUCGUCACUUGAUGGGUUUACGCUGUACUGCUGAGAGGCUUGGUUGGUCGCAGCCAAAGUUAUUCAGUAGUGCAGUAUACAAAUAUAUGAAUCGUUUCAUUCUGUCAACAUCAACUCUUUCGACAGAAACCAUAACAUUUGGUGGAUUUGGCCCGGUUGUUCCUAAUGGUUUUGGUAUUGGUUACAACGUACUCAACAGCAAAAUUGGAGCUCUUAUUUCAUCCUAUGAGGAUCAGCGCAGUGCAGACGCAUUUGCAGAUUCACUUCUUGAAAGUUUGGACAUUUUGAAAAAUAUAAUUGUCAAGCAACAAAUUAUGUGA